AUGGCGAGGAAGAAGAAAGCAAUACUGAAUAUUUCUACGACGAAAGUUGCAGCGAAGUCUCCCUCAGUAAGUUCUCACACUUCAGGCACCAGUACUACUCAAAAUGAUGCCCAAAAUGCAAACCCAGAUGCUCUGGUUUUUGACUCAGAUGGCGAGGAGCUGAUGCAUUCUCCUCUAGUCCACCCUUCGGCUGGUAUGAUUCCACGCAAACUUCAUGAUACUAUUUUGUUAUUGGAUCAGAAUUUGGGGGUUGGUCGUAAUAAUACUGUGGGUGGAACUAACCCUCAGGGGAAUGGAGAAUCUGUUGAUAUUGGGGAUAUUGGGGGGAAUAACACUGAACCUGGGGUAGUUGAACCUCCGAUUGUUAAAGAACCAUGGAAAAAUCUGUUCACUGGAUCUAAAAUGGCUUCAAAAGGGGCGUCCCUAUCAUUUGUUACACCUGUGCUGCAGGAUGGGAAGAAAAUUGCUCAAUUGCAGGAGGAUGAAAUGAAUGAACUCACUGAGAAAUGGAAAUCAUCUAUGGUGAUGUAUGUGGUAGGGGAUUCCCCUACUAUAGCUUCUGUGAAAAGAUAUAUGGAAGGGAUGUGGAAUUCUGUUGCUCAGCCUCAGGUGUUUUACCAUGAUGAUGGUUACUUCAUCAUCAAGUUUGUGAACAUGAAGGACAGAAACCAGAUUAUUGCAGGAGGACCUUAUACAUUUUAUGGGAAACCAGUUAUCAUUAAACCCUGGACAGCAAACUUUAAUUUCUAUGAAGAAGUACUUAGGGUUAUACCUUUGUGGGUGAGAUUUCCUAAUCUGCCACUCAAUUGUUGGGGGUGUGAUUCACUAAGCAGGAUUGGUAGUCUGUUAGGGGUGCCACUCUUUGCUGAUGAAUGCACUACUAGGCAAGAUAGAGUAUCUUUUACUCGAGUGUUGAUAGAAAUGGAUAUCACUAGCCCAUUGCCUGAUUGUGUCUGGAUAGAGGAUUCAAAGGGUGGGAUGUUCAAGCAAGCUGUUACUUAUGACUGGUUGCCACAAUAUUGUAAAGUUUGCUGUACUGCAGGCCAUGAUUGUACUAAAAAGACUAAACCACCAGUACCAAAACCUGUAGCCAAAAAGGUGUGGGUUCCUAAAGCUGUCCAACAAGCUCAUCCAAUGUCAGAACAACAGGAGCAACCUAAUGCUGUGCACACUCCUGAGAUGCCUGUUAACAAUGUAUCUGAUCCUACUCCAUGGAAAAUUGUGACAAGACGGACUAAGGGAUUGUCUAGAAUGAGGACUUUGAGCCCUAGCAAUCCAUUUACUGUGUUGCCUGCAGAAUUGGGUUUCAAAGAAUUAACAGGAGGUGAUAUGGAGAUGCAAAAUACUACUGAACCCCCUGAUGAAGAAGAAACUAGAGUUAAGGAAAGCAAUUUCUCUAGAGUAGUCAAUAAGUUUGGGAGAAAUUGGAAAUGGGAAAAUAAUUACACUGCAAACCCCAGAGGUAGAAUUUGGGUAGGCUGGCUUUAUCAAGAAGUUGAUAUCCAUGUGUUACAGGUGCAUGAACAAUUUAUUCACUGUGAAAUUAGGGAUAGGUAUGGAGUGGUGGAUUUGUAUGUUACUCUGGUGUAUGGUCUUCACUCCAUUGACACUAGGAAGAAUUUGUGGAACUCUCUUACUACUCUUGCCUCAAGUGUAGGUAGUUGUCCUUGGGUCAUUACUGGUGAUUUUAAUUCUCCCCUGUUUGCUGAUGAUAGAAUCAAUGGUACUCCUGUUUCAGCAACAGAAACCAAGGAUUUUGAUGAGUUUAUUACAAGUAAUGGGCUGUGUCCUGUAAAGAGUGUAGGACAUUAUUUCUCUUGGCACAAAGGCACUGGUGAAGGUAAAAUUGCUAGCAGGAUUGAUUGGUGUUUGGGAAAUGAUGAAUGGAUUCAUAAAUUCAGUAAUGUUCAGGUUGAAUACCUAAACCCUUCCAUCUCUGACCACUCCCCUUUACUGAUAAACUGUCUGCCAGACAAGGUGGAGGGAGGUAGACCUUUCAGAUUUCUCAAUUAUUUGGCUGAUCAUAGUAGUUUUUCUGCUAUUAUUCAGGCAGCUUUUACUGGAGUAUACCAUGGCACUCCUAUGUUUAAGCUCUGGUGUAAGCUGAAAAAAGUCAAGGCUGAACUCAAGAAGUUACAUAGAGAAGACUUCUCUGGUAUUACUGAGAAGAUUACCAUUGCUAGAAGUGAGCUUGAUAAGGUUCAACAGAGUUUGCAAACUGGUAGAUCUCCUGCUCUUCUCAACCAAGAGGUGGUUUGCAUUAAACAGCUUAGGCAUUGGCUGAGAAUUGAUGAGAUAGCAUUGAGACAAAAAUCUAGGAUCCAAUGGCUAAAACUAGGUGAUUCUAACAACCACUUUUUCUUUUCCACUGUGAAAGAAAGAGUUAGAUUCAAUAGCAUUGCCAUCCUAUAUGAGGAUAAUGGCACUAAAUUGGUUGAUCCUGAUCUAAUUCAAACAGAAAUUCUGAGUUUCUACAAAAAGCUGCUUGGCACUUCUGCAAACACUCUUCCCUCUAUUCACAUUCCAACAGUGAGAAAUGGCUCUAGGCUAAAUAAUGAUGCUAGACAGGAUCUGUGCAGGGAUGUUACUGAUGAUGAGAUUGAUUUGGCAUUACAUGGGAUUGGCAAUGAUAAGGCUCCUGGUCCAGAUGGUUUAAAUGCAGUCUUUUUCAAAAAGGCUUGGCCUGUCAUCAAACAGGAUAUUUAUAGAGCAGUGAAGGAUGUGUUUGUUACCAAUUUCAUGCUUCCCCAGUACAACUGUACAUCUAUUACUCUCAUUCCAAAAGUUCCUAAUCCUACAAGAGUUAAAGAGUACAGACCAAUUGCAUGCUGUAAUGUGGUGUACAAAAUUGUUUCAAAAAUUCUAACUACAAGAAUGCAAGGGGUGAUUGGACAGGUUGUUAGUGAAUGUCAAUCUGGGUUUAUUCCUGAGAGGCAAAUUUCUGACAAUAUUCUGCUUGCUACUGAGCUCAUUAAGGGCUACACUAGAGCCCAUCUUUCACCCAGAUGUAUGCUCAAGAUUGACUUAAAGAAAGCCUAUGAUUCAAUUGAAUGGCCUUUCUUGAUCAGUGUUAUGGAUGCUCUUGGCUUCCCUCAUAGAUUUGUGCAAUGGGUGUACACAUGCAUUUCCACUGUAUCUUACAGUGUGCUCAUUAAUGGGAAACCUUGUACACCUUUCAAAGCUAAAAAAGGGCUAAGACAGGGAGAUCCCUUGUCUCCUUUUUUAUUUGCUAUUGGCAUGGAAUACUUGUCUAGACAUCUCCAUCAGUUGCAGACCAAGCCUGAUUUUAACUUUCACCCAAGAUGUGCUAAACUGGCUCUUACUCAUCUAAUGUUUGCUGAUGAUUUGCUUCUAUUCUGUAGGGCAGAUCUAAUCUCUAUUGACAUGAUGUUGGCUUCUUUUAAGAAGUUUUCUCUAGCUUCUGGUUUGGAGGCUAAUAUGGAUAAAAGUAACAUUUAUGUUGGGGGUGUUUAUGGUCAAGAUAAAGCUGAUAUUCUCAAUGCAGUUUCUACUCCUGAAGGUUCCUUUCCCUUCAGAUAUUUGGGAGUUCCCCUCUCAACUAAGAAGCUGAAGUAUACUCAAUGUAGACCCUUAAUUGAGAAGGUGUUGGCUAGAGCUAAAGUGUGGACUGUCAAGCAUCUAUCUUAUGCAGGUAGGCUCCAGUUGGUUCAAACAAUAUUGCUGAGUUUACAAUCCUUUUGGUGUCAGAUUUUCAUCUUGCCAAAGAAAGUGAUCAAAGAAAUUCAAGGGUAUUGCAGGGUGUUCCUGUGGACAGGCAACACUGACCCUUCAAAAAAAGCUCUGGUUGCUUGGCACAAGCUUUGCUUGCCCAAAGUUGCUGGUGGUUUGAAUCUGAAAGAUAUGUGCUGGUGGAACAAAGCAGCUGUUGCUAAACUCCUCUGGGCUAUAACUUAUAAGAAGGAUAGACUUUGGUGUAAAUUGGUUCAUGCUUACUACAUAAAGGGGAGGGAUGUUGGGAGCACUCAAUGGCCUGUUAACAUGUCUUGGCCUUUGAGGAAAAUUCUGAACUCUCAGAGUUUAAUAGAUAGCAUUGGAGGGUGGAGUGCAGUGAGUAAGGGAGGUGUCUUUUCCAUCCAAAUCAUGUAUCAUCUGCUGAUGGGGCCAUGUGAUAAAGUCAGCUGGAGGAGAAUCAUUUUCCAUAAUAAAGCUUCCCCAAAAAGUUUGUUUGUCUCUUGGCUUGCUGUUUUGGGAAGAUUGCCUACACUGGAUAGACUUCUCAAGUGGAAAAUUGUGGACUCUAAUGUGUGUCCUUUAUGUUCUUGUAUGCCAGAGUCUACUCAACAUCUGUUUUUUGAGUGUAGCUACUCUGCUGCUAUCUGGUCUUCAGUUCUUGCUUGUUUACAGUUUCACAGACCUGUUUCUCAGCUUGAUAAUGAAGUGGUGUUGAUGACAAGAGCUGCCAAAAGAACUGGUGACAGAUUCAAGUUGCUUCUGAUGUUCUUUGCUGAAUGUCUUUAUGGAAUAUGGCUGCAAAGAAAUGCAAAAGUCUACACUCAUUCCUGCAGAAGUCCCCUUGAUCUUCUUAGAGAUAUCAAAUAUCGAGUGGCCUGUAGAGCCACUGAUCAGCAAAGAAACUUGCUCUUGAUGUAA